GAGUUUUUCACAUUUUUAACAAUCGGACAAAAAAAUAUUUAAAACGAACAAAAAGUUAAAGCUAAAAUUGAUAGGUAGAGAGAGUAUCUCACUCUAAAAUCCCCUCCGGCAUUACGCCGGGCGACACAGAAGAAACCGCUCUCUCUCUCUCUCUCUCUCUCUCUCUCUCUCUCUCUCUCUCUCUCUCUCUCUCUCUCUAGUUACAUGCACAUUCUCUCUCUCUACUGCAAAUGUAUUAUUAUUAGUAGUAUUUUUUGAUUAAAGAAAACAAUUUUCUUUCUUUUCAUUUCUUUAUAAGUAUACGUCUGAAACGUUCCUUAAAGAGCUUCUGCUUCCCAUCUUCUUUUCUUCUCUUCAUUUAAAACCUCAGACAAGUGUUUACAUGCAUUUGCUCUCUUGAUUGAUCUACUUUAAAAGACAUGCAAUAGAUAGAUAGAUCUUGUCAUAAACAAUAACCUCGUGAUUAUCGUUUCAUAGUGUUCCUCCCCCCUCAAGUUUUUAGUGUAACGCUUGAUCUCAAAUUAGUAUUUUAAAGAAGAAAAAAAAGUUUAUUUACUGGGUUUCUUCUUAAAUCUUCUUUGUCCUUUUCUGCAGAAUCACAUUAGAAAUUUAUAGGCGUGUUCCAUUCCCUCUCUCUCUCUUUUUUUUUUUUUUACUUUGGUUAUAUAAAAAAGAAGAAAGCAAAAGUUGAUGGCUCCGAUGACGAACUGGUUAACGUUUUCACUGUCACCAAUGGACAUGUUGAGGUCAUCUGAUCAGUCUCAGUUCGUUUCCUAUGACGCCUCUUCCGCCGCCUCCUCUUCUCCUUAUCUCCUCGAUAACUUCUAUGGUUGGACAAAUCAAAAGCCUCAAGAGUUUUUCAAAGAUGAAGCUCAAAUAGCAGCUUCGAUGGCAGAUUCAACGAUCCUAACAACGUUCGUCGACCCACAAACUCAUUCUCACAAUCACAUCCCAAAGCUCGAAGACUUUCUCGGUGAAGUGCGUUACUCCGACAACAGCCAAACCGAAACACAAGACUCUUCUUCCCUCACUCACAUCUACGAUCCACGUCACCACCAGAACCAAAACCAAACCGGGUUUUACUCCGAUCACAACCACGAGUUUAAAACCAUGGCCGGUUUUCAAACCGCCUUCUCGACUAACUCCGGUUCGGAAGUUGAAGACUCAGCUUCCAUCGGGAGGACUCAUCUCGCGGGAGAGUAUUUGGGACACGUGGUGGAAUCUUCCGGUGGUCCGGAGCUUGGUUUUCACGGUGGAGCUAACAACGGAGGAGCUUUGUCGCUUGGUGUUAACGUUAACAACUCUAAUCACAGGACUAGUGAUGAUCAUACUCAGAUCACUGAGCAUCACUACCGAGGAAAUAACAAUGGUGAAAGAAUCAACAACGAGAAGAUGGUUUCUGAGAAGGAGAAGCCUGUUGUGGCUGUGGAGACAUCAGAUUGUUCUAACAAGAAGAUCGCUGAUACGUUUGGACAAAGGACUUCCAUCUACAGAGGAGUUACAAGACAUAGAUGGACUGGAAGAUAUGAAGCUCAUUUAUGGGAUAAUAGCUGUAGAAGAGAAGGUCAGGCCAGGAAAGGACGUCAAGUAUACUUGGGUGGAUAUGACAAAGAAGAUAAGGCAGCUCGAGCUUACGACUUAGCAGCUCUUAAGUACUGGAAUGCUACUGCUACCACCAAUUUCCCUAUUACAAACUACUCAAAAGAACUAGAGGAAAUGAAGCACAUGACCAAACAGGAGUUCAUUGCUUCCCUUAGGAGGAAGAGUAGCGGAUUCUCGAGAGGAGCUUCGAUAUACAGAGGUGUGACAAGGCAUCAUCAACAAGGACGUUGGCAAGCAAGGAUCGGUCGUGUAGCCGGGAACAAAGAUCUUUACCUAGGAACAUUUGCAACGGAAGAGGAAGCAGCCGAGGCAUACGACAUAGCAGCGAUCAAGUUCAGGGGAAUAAACGCUGUAACCAACUUUGAGAUGAACCGUUACGACGUUGAGGCCAUCAUGAAGAGUGCACUUCCCAUUGGUGGUGCAGCAAAACGUCUUAAGCUCUCUUUAGAAGCUGCAGAGCAGAAACCAAUCCUCGGCCAUCAACAUCAACUCCACCAUUUCCAGCAGCAACAACAGCUUCAGCAUCAGUCCUCUCCCAACCACAGUAGCAUUAACUUUGCUCAAUCUCAGAUGAUUCCAUGUGGGAUCCCUUUUGAAGCAGCUGCUCUCUACCAUCAUCAACAGCAACAACAGCAGCAGCAGCAGCAACAGAGCUUUUUCCAGCAUUUUCCGGCGAAUGUUCAAGCUUCUGACUCGACCGGGUCUAAUAAUAACUCCAACGUUCAAGGUUCAAUGGGACUUAUGGCGCCGAAUCAGGCUGAGUUCUUCCUCUGGCCUAACCAGUCUUACUAGAAUCAAUCAUGUUAUGUUUUGUUUUGUUUUUUUUUUAGUUUUAAUGGUUUUUAAGGGAUAACAACUUCUUUCUAAUGUUCAACUUCUUGAUUCUAGCUAACCCCAUAAGCUGACUAGAAGGAUAUGAAAAUCUCACUUGUACCGUGUUACUCUGUUUCCAUUUAAUGAAAUGUGUUUCUGUUUA